AUGGAACUUAAAGGGAAGGUCGUCUUGAUCACCGGAGCCGCUGCGGGCAUUGGGCUGGCGUACAGCGAGGAACUAUUGAAGCAAGGAGCAAAGGUUUCAAUUUGCGACAUCGACUCGGAAAUCGGCGAGCAAGUCAUAGACGAGUUGGGUGCUAAGUAUGGCAGAAAGAAUGUCUUGUUUUGCCGCUGUGACGUCACUGACUAUCCUCAAUACGAAGAGGCUUUCGAGAUGACAAUGGAAGUAUUCAAUCGGCUGGAUAUUGUAAUAAACAAUGCCGGCGUAAUGAACGAUCGGUUUUGGGAACUGGAAGUCGACGUCAAUCUAAAUGGUGUGAUCCGCGGUACGUUACUUGCAUAUCGUUUUAUGAGUAAAGACCGCGGAGGGCAGGGUGGCAUAAUUGUGAACACAGCUUCGACAGCCUUCACUAGGCCUCAGGUUUCCACGCCUAUCUACACAGCAACCAACUACGCAAUCGUGGGACUUACGAGAGCAUACGGCGACCAGUACCACGUUAAUCUAACAGGAGUGCGAAGUAUGGUGAUUUGCCCUGGAUUGACAGAUACCGGUCUUGUCAAGGAGAUACGAAAGCAGCUCAUGUCGUCCGAGUACGAAGCAGCUUGGCAAAGGGAUAAUGCUACUAGUAAAAUGCAAAGCCCAGAACACGUCGGUCGAGCUCUAGUAGAAAUUCUCACCAAAGGACAAACUGGUUCGGUGUGGAUCGUCGACAAUGGCACACCGGCAAGAGAGUGGCGCGGUUAA